UGAAAAGUGAUAGAUGGAUGACUGUGCUUGCGAAGUAAUAUUCGGGUUUUGUUUUAUUAUUUUAUAGAGAUUUUAAGAAUUAAAACUUUAAAAUUUGUAAUAAUUUACAUAAUUUUAUGUUGGUAUUAAAUUGAGUACAAGCAAGACAAAAUGACUGAGCUUCAAAUGGAUUGCGCUUUAGAUUUAAUGAGGAGACUCCCACCUCAGCAAAUUGAAAAAAAUUUGAUUGAUUUAAUCGAUUUGGCUCCAGGCUUGUGUGAGGACUUAUUGUCAUCUGUAGAUCAACCUUUGAAAAUUGCUAAAGAUAAGGAGAAUGGUAAAGAUUAUCUUUUAUGCGACUACAAUCGUGAUGGUGACUCAUAUCGUUCACCGUGGUCAAAUACGUAUGAUCCGCCAUUAGAUGAUGGACAAAUGCCUUCUGAGCGUUUACGGAAAUUAGAAGUGGAAGCCAAUUACGCAUUUGACCAAUAUCGCGAUAUGUAUUAUGAAGGAGGGGUUUCUUCUGUAUACCUUUGGGAUUUAGAUCAUGGAUUUGCUGGAGUUAUUUUAAUAAAAAAAGCUGGGGACGGAAGUAAAAAAAUUCGUGGGUGUUGGGACUCUAUCCAUGUUGUAGAAGUUCAAGAAAAAACGACCGGACGUACGGCUCAUUACAAAUUAACAUCUACAGCCAUGUUGUGGCUGCAGACAAACAAACAAGGGUCUGGUACAAUGAACUUAGGGGGCUCUUUAACUCGGCAAGUAGAACAAGAUUGCAGUGUGGGCGAAUCUUCACCACAUAUUGUAAACAUAGGAAGAAUGGUGGAAGAUAUGGAGAAUAAAAUUAGAAAUACCUUAAAUGAAAUCUACUUUGGCAAAACAAAAGAUAUUGUAAAUGGACUGCGUAGUGUUCAGUGCUUGUCUGACCAAAGAGCGCAAGCUGCUAUGAAACAAGAUUUGGCAGCAGCAAUUUUGAGGCGCAAUGUAAAGCCUGAAAGCAAUUAAGUUUUUCAAUGAAAUUUUUAUUUAGACUAAUAAUAUAAAAAAUUUAAGGUUUAUAUUAACAAUACUUACAUAUGUAUGUACACAUUAGACAUUUUUAUCAAGAUAUACUAAACAAAAUUAAUGCUUUUUAUGUAUUACGAAGUAUUAUUUCAA